AUGCAUUACAGUACUACUCUCAUGAGAGAUGAUGCUUCCAAUCAGAUUGUUCUGACUGAAAUUCAAUCUUCAACUACACUAACUGCUGCCACUACAGCUUCAACUACACCAACUGGUGCCACUACAGCAUCAACUACACUAACUGGUGCCACUACAGCUUCAACUACACAAUCUGGUGCCACUGCAGCUUCAACUACACAAAAUAAUUCCACUACAGCUUCAACUAUAAAUGCUAAUGUCACCUCAGCUUCAAUUCCAAAUGCUAAUGCCACCACAGCUCCAACUACAAAUGCUAAUGUCACCACAGCUUCAAUUCCAAAUGCUAAUGCCACCACAGCUCCAACUACAAAUGCUAAUGUCACCACAGUUUCAAGUACACAAGCCAAUGCUACCACGGUUUCAACUACACAAGCCCUAACCACCAAAGCUACUACUUCCGGAUCAUCAACUCAAGCAUUCUCUAUGUUCACUGCUCUCAUACAAACAUUAACCAUGAUUGUGAUCAGAAAACACAUAAUAGCAUAAAAAGAAAUGUAUUGCUAUCUGUUAAUAUAUUUUAAAAGUUUCAGUUUAUCAAAAGCUGUUUUAAUGAAUCUAAAAAAAAAUAUUGAUUGAAUUUUACAAAAAGUAAAAGAUAAUUUAUUUUAUAUAUAAAUAUUUUACAGGAGUGCGAAUGUCAAACUUUCUCCCAUGAAGUACAUGUAAAUUAUAUAUAGCAUUGGAUAAAUGUACAACAAAUCUAUGCUUUAAAAGACAUUGCACAUACAGCUAUCCAUUCUAUCAACUGCUGAAUGAUACAUUCCUUAGUGGAUUUGUAGCACAUUUUUAAAAUAAAUUCUGAUAGUCAUAUUUAUACAGCAGAACCUAUAACACAACGCAAUUAUCUAUUACAGUGUGAAUUGUCUGGAAUUCAAAGUGAACAGAAAGUUAAUUCAAAAUUUUAGGCACAAAUAGCCAACUAGGAAAAAAGUUCAAGUCAGCUGUAUUUUUAGCUAUGCGAUUAUUAAAUAUAGUUUGAAAUAUACUUUGAAUUCAGUUUCAAUUCCUGGCAGUUCACACUUGAGUGAAUAAUCUUACUGUGCCAUGUGCUGUGUCAAUAAUUUAAUUCCAUGAUUACACAAAUCUUAUUCCUGAUCACAUUUUGAUGUAACAAAUAACACAAUUAUGGUUAUAAUAGAAAAAUGUAAUGAAAAUUUAAAAAGAAACACAGACUAAUAAAGGCAGCAGUCACUGAUAGAAAACACCUCAAUGAUUAUGAUGCACACAAUCUAGAAGGACUAAGCUCUCAUAUACACAGGAAAAGUACACAUUGUAGUCGUGCACCCUUGUAGUCCGACCAUGUUUAUUGUAAUGAC